GACCUCGACUGCCCAGAGGGCAAAGGUCAAGACGAAACAAAUGCCGCAAAUGUCGAGGGCAAACAAAAGUUGAGAAAACUUGAAAAGGAGAUCGCUGGUCUGAGAGUCGAGUUAGAGCAAUCCCACCAGAAGAAUGGUGAACUUGAAGAGCGAAUAGACAAGGUCAAGUCAGAACAUGAUCGUCAAAUGGAAGCUCAGCGACUGGAAAGGGAGGCCCAUACAUCUACUCAUCACCCUUCCGAAGAAGACAUUGUAGGGUAUCAAAACUUUGCCCCUGCGGAAUCUUUUACGCCUUCUAAGCGUAAAGGAAGUGUUGGGGUGAACUCGCAGACUAGCACCCCUGAAAGUGUUCCGUUCCCUUCCAGUGAAGUAGAGACUUCGCGCCUUAACCCAAACACAGGAGAACCAUCACCGGAACUUACACUCUUAGGUCAGCUUCUCUCAAAGAUCCAGGAGCUAGAAGCUACCAACCGCGAGAUCCUGGAGCAGUACCGGGACACGGACACUAGACUCCGCAAUGCGUCCACGAGAUCGAACGCGCUCAAAAAGUUCUAUGAUAACCUCGAGGAUGAGAUGCAUGCCGACGAUGAGGGCGGGACAUUUAGUGCUGAUCAAUCCCCUCUUGGCGCUUCCUUGUCACGAUCCAAGGGUAUAAUGUACUCUAUUCACAAUCAGAGUGCCAAAUCUCUUCGCGAAAGAGGUUCUCCCGUGUCUUCGCUCCGAGGUGCUACAGAUGAUCUCCUAUCGAGUUAUCCAUCACAGACACGACGUCCCCCGUUGGGCGGUCUGUUUGAUGACCCCGCCAGCUCUGACCAAGGAGAUCACUUGCGAGUAGAAGCACCGACCGACGAUUCAGAUUUCGAAGCACAUCACAACGUCGCCUCGGGGAGCGGUAUCUCAAACAUGGAUCGUCUAAAGCUUAGACCUUCAGCUUCUAUUAUCUCAAGGCGGAAACUUCGACCGAAGGCCUCUUUUGAUACACGUUCAUUGAAAGCCCACGGCAGUUCCUCUCCACAUUCUCUGCCGACAAAAUCUGUGCGGACGAGUAAAUC